UCGUAUGCCCGUAUUCUUACACCUAUGGGCAAGGAGACCCGGGUGAUGGAUUCCACGGCAGCUACUGAGGUGCCUCGGAUCUCGCUUACGUGGCAUGGUCGUAUCCUUGAGGCUUGGGGAUACUCGUACCUGCCUUUCUUAGCCUCCAGAGUGCUUGGGGCUGCUCGUUUUCCUAUCGGCCAUCGAUUUGUUGCGAUUAAGAAGAGACGAGCCACUUCUGCUAGCGAUUUUCGCCAGAGGAUCCUUUCGGCGACUUGUGCGUCGCGGGUCGAGCUAGGUGGUUGGGUUCCUCCUACAGCGAAGAUCACGUAUACCGAUAUUGUCGAAUCGGUAAUUCGUGAGACCCUUCCAGCAGCAGAGGAUGACGAGGGGAUACCGUUUGUACCUGAGACGGUUGAGUCGGUUCCGCAGGAAACAGUGAACGACAUGGUGAGGACUUUACGUGCUUUCCGAGCUGCUUAUCGGAGAGACCUCGUGACUUUAUCAUGCCGUGAUCACCAGAUGAUCGCGGAUGUGCAGCAAUCGUCUAGUUGUCGCCGAGCACCCUGAUUCCUUUUGUACACAUUUUGUUAUUUUUUAGGAAACUGAUGUAUAUAUUUUUUUGCAUUUUUGUACAUAUGACACAUUAUUAUAUUUUUUUGUUUCCAUAUGUACUUUAUUAUCAUUAGCUAAAAAAUUUCGAGGGGGGGAAAGGGUUCCCGACUUAACCCCCUCGA